AUUCUGUCAUUAUGUGUUAUUCUUCUGUCAAUGUCAAAACUCGGAACAAAUUGUGAAUAUUGUGAAUUUGUGUUAGAUUAAUUUACAACAGGAAAAAUAUUGUAUUUACUUUCAGUAAACACAAUUUCUUCUUUAUCUUUAAUCAACCAUUGAAGUACAGUUAUAUAUAAAAUGGAAAUAUAAAGUAAUAUCUGACGAAAUCUAAAUAUCUUAUUGAUUAUAGUUUAUUGUUACAUUUUAAUUAAUAUUGGUGGUCUUGUUUAUUAUAUUACAACAUGUCAGAAUCUACGGAUAUUAAGGACGGACUGGAUAAAAACCUGGAAGACUUUGAAAUACAAGAAGUGCUUCGAAAUGGCACAGACUUAAGAGAGUAUGCCUUGCAACUGGACAAAGGUAUAAAAGAUGCCGAAAAGACGUCUGUGGCAGAUUACUUGAAAGAAAGUGAAAAUAUUGCCUCUUUACACAACCAGAUUGAAGAUUGUGAUGGAAUCCUUGCUAAAAUGGAAAGUAUGCUGAUGGUUUUCCAAAAUGACCUGGGCAGUAUCAGCAAUGAAAUAAUAAGUUUACAGAAGCGUUCAGUAAGCAUGUCAGUGCAACUCUCUAAUCGGCAGGUGUUGAAGGGGCCUCUAUCUACUUUUAUUGAAGACAUGGCAGUCUCUGAAACACUUAUAUUUGGUAUCAACAAUGUUCCUGUGACAGAUAAAGAGUUUAUGGUACAGUUGGCAAUAUUGAACCAAAAACUAAAUUUUGUGAAGGAACAAGACUUCAAAGAAACUAAAGCGUGCCAUGAUGUUAAAGAUGUCCUGGAAAAAUUGAAGAUAAAAGCUGUAUCGAAAAUAAGAGCAUAUAUUUUGGAGAAUAUUUAUAAAUUCCGCAAACCAAUGGCUAACUAUCAGAUACCUCAGAAUGCUAUGCUGAAGUACAAGUUUUUCUUUGAGUUUAUAUUAGCCAAUGAGAGAAAUGUCGCCCAAGAGAUUUGCAAUGAAUAUAUCGAUACUCUAAGCAAAGUAUACUACUCUUAUUUCAAGUCAUAUGCCUCAAGAUUAGACAAGUUAAAGUAUGAGGAAGCUCCCAGCAAAGAUGAUCUAAUGGGGAUUGAGGACGGAUCUAAAGGAGGCUUCUUUCAAAAAUCUAACUUGAAGAAUAAAAGCACAAUAUUCACAAUUGGCAACAGAGGUGAUGUAUUAGCACAACAACUGGAAGCCCCCAUUAUUGUACCCCAUGUGCAGCAAAAAACGAAGUACUCCUAUGAAGCCCUCUUCAGAAGUCUCCAAUAUGCACUAGUGGACAAUGGCUGCAGGGAAUAUUUAUUCACAACAGAAUUCUUCCAUGUGAAAGGAAGUCAUGCACAGGAAUUGUUCGAUAGAAUCCUUGGAAAAACUUUGUCCUUGCUUGUGAAAAAUGUAGAGAAUUAUGUUCUUGAGUGUUACGACUGCCUGGCCUUGUACCUUUGCAUACAACUUAUAAACAGAUACAGGUGGAUGUGCCACAAAAGAGCAGUAGGUGCUUUAGACAGUUAUUGGGACUCACUCCAAGGCACAUUAUGGCCACGGCUAGAACAUGUGCUGAAAUUAAACAUUCAGAGUGUGCGAGAAUGUGACCCUGCAAAAUUAUCCAAUAAAGAGUUGGGACCUCACUAUAUAACCCGGAGAUAUGCCGAAUUUUCUGCUGCGAUGCUGAGCCUUAGUGAACAGUUUCCUUCAGAAGAACUCAGCAAUAUUCUGCUUGUUCUACAAGAUGAAGUCAAUUGCUUUUUACUUAAAAUGGCAGCUGAAUUUCCUCAAAGGAUACAGCAACUAAUUUUCCUCAUUAAUAACUAUGACAUGAUCUUGAGUAUAUUAAUGGAAAGAACAAGGGAUAACACAAAAGAGGCUGAGAGCUUCAGGGAACAGCUGCAAGCUAGAAGCUCGGAAUAUGUCGAGGAGAUUUUAAGCCCACAUUUUGGAGGAAUGAUACAGUUUGUCAAGGAAGGUGAACAAUUACUUGAUUCUGAUAAAAAAACAGAAUUGGCAAACUUGGAGCGAAAGUCUCUGUCUUUGGUAGCGUCAUUCAGCUCUGGCUGGAAACAAAGCCUUGAAGAGAUUCAUAGGGAAGUGCUUGUUUCCUUCCCAAAUCUCGUAACUGGAUCUGGUCUGCUGCAAAUGGCUCUUACGAACUUUGUACAAUAUUACCAUAAGUUUGCUAAGUUGCUAACUCCUAAUGCCCGAACACAAUUAGUCAAUAUUCACGUAAUUAUGGUAGAAAUAAAAAAAUAUAAAACAAAUUAUUAAUACAAUUUAAAUAUGUUCUGUACUUAUUUUAUUAAAUAUAAUUAAUUUAAAUAUUAAUGUUUUGCUUAAAGUAAUACACACUAUCAUUAUCUACAUAAUUAUGCUAAUUUCUUUUAACUGCUCCUUUCACCUGUUUUCACCUACUUCUCGACAUUGUUACCCAUAGAACACAAUAUAAAUAAAAUACUAGGUAUAUAGCUUAAAAUAUGGGUUUUAUUCAGUUUAAAUCACAAGUUGUUAUACUUAGUGGUCUUACAAUUAGAUUGGUACAAUGAAAACUAGUAAUAAUUAUAAUAAAUCACAUGUUAUUAUAGAUAAUGUUUGUACCAUAAGUUGUGAGAUAUUUACACUGACAAAAACCUAUUUAUUGUGUUGUGCAACAUUUUCAUGUACUAAUAUGAUCAUAGAAGCAGCUACAGAUUGUUAUUAGCGAUUUUCCCAACUUCUACGUAUGAACCCGCAUCCAACAAAUGUCUAAACAUUUGAAAUAAAACCCUUUGUUGCCUCUCCAAGAACCCAGCUGUAACUUUAGUUUUUGCCUGCCAGUUUCAUUUUUAUUUAGUAUCUUGAAAGAGGACACAUUUAGACGCCAAAUCUAAAAUUCUAGAAUAUUUUAAUUUUAGUAUGCAAACAGAUUGGAGAAGCAUAUUUUAAUGAGAUCGAUUAUAUAUCAGCUAAUAGUACCUUUACAUAACAGUAAACUUAUAUUAAUAUCAAAUGACAUAAAUUAGAGACUUAUAGUAUACUAUAUAGACCCAGUGCCCAUGAGGCCUAGACAUAAGUAAUUCGCUAAAACCUGAAUUUUUUUCUACACCUAUCCUUAACAUUAGUAAGAACAGUCAGGGACUGUGAAAAUCGAGUGGUGCUACCCUUCUUCCUAACCUCGACAGAUUCGUUUUGGAGGAAGAAAAUACUAAAGAAAAGAGAUUAUAUAAUUAGUAAAGAGUAUUAAACUGUCAAACACCAAGCGGUCACCGGUGACCGCAACCUAUUGUUCUAUAAUUGUGUCUACAAAACCGGUACUAGACGAGUUAAUACAAGGGAGGCAACAAAUACAUACAUCAAAUGAAAAGGGGGGUGGUCUAUACAUAUAUAAAAUCGUAGAUACCCAAGUCAAAACUGUAC